AUGGCAGACAAAAAAGUAACGCCCCCUCUUGGAGCCUACCCUCAACCGCAGCCCCCGCAGGGACCAUUCCUGCCGGCGCCACCACAUCAGGCAGCACCUCAGUAUGGUGUGGCAGGCGGAUCACCGUACAGCGUUGCGUUCGGCGGCGCUGGCGCGGGGGCCGGUGGUGUGUAUGCGCCCCCGCCCUACGACCAGCUGCAGCACCACCAGGCCAUACCAGCGUUAAGCCAACAGUUGCCAAUGUAUAGCCCCGCGGCGGCCAUGUACGCGGCAGCAGCUGGAUACCCCGGAUAUAUCGGCUACCCAGUACAAUACUAUCCCUACUAUCCAACAGCAGUCCAGCCCUCGAUACAGCCUCUGCGUCCCACUAUCAUGAUACCGCAGAACGGUUUCGAGGCGAGCGGUAGGUUUGAGGGCCUGGCGCAGACGCUGCUGCCGCCCGCGCCGCCCGGCGUGCCGCCCUCGCCCGCUCACCUCGCCGCGCUGCAGCCGCACCAAGUGCUGUGGCGUUAA